GCAUUGCUGCGCAUGCCUACUGGUCAUCAUCUUGCACUUAGCCGUUCAGCGAUACCUACACAUCGUGCUGAUUGUACACAAAAAUAAUUUUUACCGAGAAUGGAUUUAGUAGAUGGAGAAUCGACUGUAAAUCAGGAAGCCGUCGUGUCCCCGGGAAUCCACGACAAAGUUGAAUUAAAAGCUAAGAUGGCAAGCAGUGAAGUAAAUCAUGCCAAUCAUGCUGAGCAGAAUGGACAUGCGACUCUUCCGAUGAUCAAGGAUGAUGAUAAGCACAAGAGCUCAAAGCAUUCCUCAAGCUCUAAACAUGGACAUAGCUCAUCAUCCUCAAAGCACUCGAGCAGCAGUUCUAGCAAACAUCAUAGCAGCUCAAGCUCAUCCAGCAAACAUAAAGAUAGCAGCAGUUCUAGUUCCAGCAAACACAAAGACAAGGAGAGGAGUAGCUCAAGCUCAAAGGAUAAGAACUCGAGCAGUAAGCAUUCCAGCUCAUCUCACAAGUCCAGCUCAAGCAGCAACCACAAAGAAGGUAGUUCUAGCAGCCAUAAGGAGGGGAGUUCAAAGGAGAAAAGUUCAAGCAGCAGCAAAGAGCGGAGCUCCAGCAGCCACAAAGAGGGGUCGAGCAAGCACAGCUCAUCAAGCAGUCACAAGCACAGCUCGUCUUCAAGCAGCCACAAGCAUAAGGAUGGGAGCAGCUCUAAGCACAGUUCUUCAUCAUCAGAGCAAAAGCAUAAGGAGAAGUCAAAAGAGGAGGUUGAAAAAGUAAAGGUCAAAUCUGAGCCGUCUUCCCCUGUGAAGUCGCCAGUACGGGAGAAAUCUCCUAGCAAGUCCCCCAGCAAGAAGGAGUCUUCACCCGUUAAACAAGUCAAAGAGGAAGAUAUGAGUGAUGAUGAAAUACCUUUGGCUACUAGAAUAAAGAAAGAACAACCCCAGGAAAAGAGACCACAUGAAUCGGAUGAUGACGAUGAUGAACCCCUUUCUGCAAGAAUUGAAAAAGAGAAGAAGAAGAUAAAGAAGGAAGCAAAAGUAGAAAAACCAAGCAGUGCUAAAAAGAGAAAAACUGAAGACUUUGAUGAUGAUGUUCCUAUUAAGAAGAAAAAGAAAGUAAAGACUGAAAGUGGAAAACAAGAAAAUAAAUCUCCCUCCAAGAAAGUCAAAGAAGAAGAGACACAUGAAGUUUGGAGAUGGUGGGAAGAGGAACGUAGGGAUGACGGUGUGAAGUGGCAUUCACUGGAGCACAAAGGUCCCUUAUUUGCCCCGGAUUAUGAACCAUUGCCAGACGACGUCAGAUUUUACUAUGAGGGGAAAGAGUUGAAAUUGUCUGAGCCUGCUGAAGAAGUGGCCACUUUUUACGCCAAGAUGUUGGAGCAUGAUUACACCACCAAGGACGUAUUUAACAAGAACUUCAUGAAAGAUUGGAGAAAGACAAUGACAUCCCAUGAGAGGGAUUUGAUUAAAGAUUUGAAGAAAUGCAACUUUAAGGAAAUGGCAGAGUAUUUCAAGCUCAAAUCUGAGGAAAGAAAAAAUCGAUCUAAGGAAGAGAAAAAGGCUGAGAAAUUGAAAAAUGAAGAGAUUCAGAAAGAAUAUGGAUUUUGUGUGAUGGAUAACCACAAGGAGAAGAUUGGAAACUUUAGGAUAGAACCUCCAGGUCUCUUCCGAGGGCGAGGAGACCACCCCAAGCAGGGCAUGCUGAAGACAAGGACCCUCCCGGAGGAUGUCAUCAUCAAUUGUAGCAAGGGUUCAAAAAUACCCAGCCCUCCGCCUGGUCAUAAAUGGAAAGAAGUGCGCCAUGACAACAAGGUGUCUUGGCUUGCUUGCUGGAAUGAGAAUAUCCAGGGCAGUACUAAAUAUGUCAUGUUGAAUGCAGCUUCCAGACUGAAGGGAGAGAAAGAUUGGCAAAAGUACGAGACAGCUAGAAGACUACAUAAAUGUGUUGACAAGAUCCGAGCCCAGUACCGAGAGGACUGGAAGUCCAAGGAAAUGAGGAUUAGACAGAGAGCUGUAGCUCUCUACUUCAUUGAUAAACUUGCCUUGAGAGCUGGUAAUGAAAAAGAAGAAGGUGAGACCGCAGACACUGUCGGCUGCUGUUCCCUGAGGAAGGAACAUUUAAACCUUCAUGAGAAAUACGACGACCAAGAGUACGUGGUAGAGUUUGAUUUCCUGGGUAAGGACUCUAUCCGAUACUACAACAGAAUUCCUGUCGAGAAAAGGGUCUUCAAAAAUUUACAGCUCUUCAUGGAAAACAAAGCAGGAGAUGAUGAUGUCUUUGAUCGUCUCAAUACCACAAUACUGAACAAACAUCUUCACGACCUGAUGGAAGGCCUAACAGCCAAAGUUUUCCGAACAUACAAUGCUUCACGAACACUGCAAGAGCAGCUCAAUAUCCUGACUGAAGCUGAUGAUGGUGUGGCAGCUAAGUUAUUGUCUUAUAAUCGAGCUAACCGUGCUGUAGCCAUCUUGUGUAACCAUCAGAGGGCAGCCCCUAAAAACUUUGGUAAACAGAUGGAGAACUUGCAGAACAAGAUUGAGGAUAAGAAAGCUGCCAUUAAGGAAGCCAAGAAGAACGUGAAGGACGCCAAGGCUGACUACAAGGCCACAAAGACGGAGAAGGCUAAACAGGCUCUGACAAAAAGAAAGGCCCAGUUGGAGAGAUUGGAGGAACAAUUGACUAAGCUGGAAGUUCAGGCCACAGACAAGGAAGAAAACAAGGAGAUAGCCCUUGGAACCUCCAAACUUAACUAUCUGGAUCCCAGGAUUUCUGUUGCUUGGUGCAAAAAAUGGGAGGUUCCUGUAGAAAAAAUCUACAACAAAACGCAGCGCGAGAAGUUUAGGUGGGCUAUAGACAUGGCAGAAGCUGACUUUGAAUUUUAACAACAGUAAUGCCUUAGCUGAAGGAAGAAUUCUUUAUUAUGGAUACAAUGGGCAUGACUGUGUUGGACAUUUAACUGAUGCAGAACCAUUUCUUGGUGCAGAUGAUUAAAAUUUGAGAUAUUGUGCCAGAUAAACUUUAUACAUUAUUAGAAUGAAGAAAGGGUAGAUGGUCAGAACAUGUUAAUGAAGAAUGAAUUGUAUAAAUUACAUUUUUGUAAUAUAAGCAUUAAUGUAGAUUUAUAAAAAUUUAAUUUAUGGUCUGCAAGACUUGUAUAUUUGUAUCCUUCUAAGUAGUUUGUCAGAAUGUUAAGUUUAGUGCAUGUUUUAAAUUAUGAAUAUUUUAAAUCAGUUUUGUCAAUGAAUAGAAGGCAUUUUAAUCAUGAAUUGAAUACCAGUUGCUAAUUUCAUCAUGUUUUUAUAGAAUAUAUUUUUAAAACAACAGAAAAAAGAAACCAUUGUGACUGUCAUAGAUCUAGAAGGGCUUUUGAACGUAUAAAAUGAUGCAUGAUUUCUUAAUAUCAUUAUUGCAUAACUAGUUUUAUUUUUCUUAAUUGAGUUCCCUUUUAAAACUUAAUUUUAGGGUUUUAGAUUUAUUUGUGUAGAAAACAGUAUCUUUUUAAAGGAAAACAGUUAAAAGAUUUAUUGCAGAUAGGAAAUGACUGUACAUUGCCAGCAAUUUUAAGUAUGAAGUGGAUUUUCUACACUCCAGUAACAUUUAACUAUUCAUAUUAAUACUUAAAUGAAAAUGGGAAAUUUCAUUACGAGUAGCCUCGCCAGUGUCAACAUGUUACACAUUCUUUGCCUGUUUAUAUCUGCUUGGUUUAACCAUCGAUGAAAGUCCUUACUUUGUAUUUAAGCUAAUAUGGUAUAGUUCUGGAUAUUUAAGAAUUUUUUUAUCAAAUGUGCAUGUCAAUUUUUUUUUUAAAUAAAAAAGUCUUGAGUUGCAAUCAUUGAAUGAAAGUUAAUUUUGCUCUCAAUCUCUACUUCUGCAAUUGGUUUUGUUAGAAAAUAUUUUUCAUUCCUUUUUUUCAAAAAUUCUUGUAAUAUAUUUUUGUUCAUAAUUUCAUUAAAGAAGUCUACAUUAAAUAAAUAGCAACAAAGUGCCUGACAAUGGAAUGAGUGAUAUCAGUCAGGUCCUUUUUAGUCUACCUCAUGUUUGGCACUUAUUUAAUGUUAAAACAUGACAUAUCCAUCAUAAUUAAAUGUCAGAGUAUUGCAUGUCACAUCAGUAGAUGCUUUUAGUCUUUCAUUUACAAUUUUUUUUAUUCCAAACACUGAAGACUUUUGCAUGUCCAUGUAUCAGCAUGUAAAAAUAGAUCUCGUAAGUUUAAAUAAAAAAUCAUUAUAUCUCCAACAUAAAUUAGAAGUAGCUAGGUUGUGUCUAACAUUUGAUGAGAAAUCCCUGUCAAAUUCCAGUAUAUCUUUUAAUUCCAUUACAUCUUGUGAAUUGUUAUCAUUCUGUGAUGUGUUGACAAGCUCUGUUAUUAUAUUUGUGUGAUACAAUUGUUUAUGAGCUGUUUUAUCGUUACGGAUGAAAUGUACAAAACCAAUAAAAUAUCAAAGCAUCUCAUUAUUAUUGUCCAAAUAAACUUGGUAUGAAUA